GCUACAGGUAGGUUAACAUUUACGGUCCGUCGCAUUUGGUCGUUUUGUGCGCUCUCCGUCGCCGAGUAAUAAUAAUAAUCAUCGAAACCACGAAAUGUCGGAGGAUAUCUGAGGGCUUGUGUGUGAUUAAACUUAGUGCCGAUCCUAUCGAGUGAGUGUGACAUGACGAGGAGGAGAGUUGGCGCUUGAUCGACUCAGCGGAUCUUAACGGUCGACCGGUGACCACAUGUCGGCGCCAUCAUGGUGAUCGUUACCAGAGGUGAUUACAUAUGGAUCGAGCCGGUUUCCGGUCGCGAGUUCGACGUGGCCAUAGGAGCGCGCGUGCUCGCCGCCGAGGGCCGGCGGAUCCGGGUGCGGGACGACGACGGCCAGGAGCAAUGGCUGCCGCCGGAGCGCCGCAUCAAGGCCAUGCACGCCACCUCCGUGCACGGCGUCGAGGACAUGAUCUCGCUGGGGGACCUGCACGAGGCCGGCAUCCUGAGGAACCUGCUCAUCCGCUACAACGAUAACCUCAUUUAUACGUAUACGGGUUCUAUAUUGGUAGCAGUCAAUCCAUACCAAAUACUACCAAUAUACACAGCAGACCAAAUUAAGUUAUACAAGGAGAGGAAGAUUGGUGAAUUGCCACCACACAUCUUCGCCAUCGGAGACAAUGCGUACGCGCACAUGCGGCGGUAUGGCCAGGACCAGUGCAUCGUCAUCAGCGGGGAGUCAGGAGCCGGCAAGACUGAAUCUACUAAACUUAUUUUACAAUACUUAGCAGCUAUAAGUGGGAAGCAUUCGUGGAUUGAACAACAGAUAUUAGAAGCAAAUCCAAUUUUAGAAGCAUUUGGUAACGCGAAAACUGUUAGAAACGAUAACUCAUCUCGUUUUGGAAAAUACAUAGAUAUACAUUUUAAUAAUAACGGUGUGAUCGAAGGUGCUAAAAUAGAACAAUAUUUACUGGAGAAAUCAAGAAUAGUUCACCAAAGCACGGACGAGAGAAACUAUCACGUAUUUUACUGUCUGCUGGCCGGACUGUCGAAGGAAGAAAAGAAGAAAUUAGAUUUAGGAGAACCAUCAGAAUAUCGUUAUUUAUCUGGAGGAAACAGCUUUACGUGUGAAGGAAGAGAUGAUGCUGCUGAAUUCGCAGAUAUUAGGUCUGCUAUGAAAGUAUUGCUAUUUACGGAACCAGAAAUCUGGGAAAUCUUAAAGUUAUUAGCGGCGGUACUUCACUGCGGAAAUAUCAAAUAUGAGGCGACUAUUGUUGAUAAUCUCGAUGCAACUGAGAUCAUAGAACAGGCUAAUGUUAAAAGAGUAGCUCACUUAUUAGGUGUUCCGACGCAGUCUCUCAUUAAUGCAUUAACAAGGAAAACGUUAUUCGCUCAUGGAGAAACUGUAGUAUCGACUCUCAGCCGGGAACAGUCGGUGGAUAUUCGAGAUGCUUUUGUGAAAGGAAUUUAUGGCCGGCUUUUUGUAACAAUAGUCAAGAAAAUCAAUGCUGCAAUUUACAGACCGAAAUCAACGAUGAGAACUGCCAUCGGAGUACUUGAUAUAUUUGGCUUUGAAAAUUUCGACCACAACAGUUUCGAACAAUUUUGUAUUAACUUUGCAAAUGAGAAUUUGCAGCAAUUCUUUGUGAGGCACAUAUUUAAAUUGGAGCAAGAAGAAUACAAUCACGAGGGCAUCAAUUGGCAACAUAUUGAGUUUGUGGACAACCAAGAUGCUUUAGAUUUGAUAGCUCUGAAACAACUAAAUAUAAUGGCACUUAUUGAUGAAGAAUCCAAGUUUCCGAAGGGCACGGAUCAAACUAUGUUGGCUAAACUGCACAAAACUCAUGGAUUACACAGAAAUUACUUAAAACCAAAGUCAGACAUUAACACUAGUUUUGGGCUCAAUCAUUUUGCCGGAAUAGUAUUUUAUGAUACUCGAGGUUUUCUUGAGAAAAAUCGUGACACAUUUAGUGCUGACCUACUCCAAAUUAUUCACAUGUCCACGAACAAGUUUUUACAGCAUAUUUUCCAGGAAGAUAUAAUUAUGGGAUCAGAAACAAGAAAAAGAACCCCUACUUUGUCGACGCAAUUUAAAAAAUCAUUAGAUUUAUUGAUGAGAACGUUGGGUACUUGUCAACCAUUUUUCAUCCGAUGUAUCAAACCCAACGAAUUUAAGAAGCCCAUGAUGUUCGAUAGAGGGUUGUGCUGUAGACAACUAAGAUACUCAGGUAUGAUGGAAACUAUACGAAUUAGACGAGCUGGAUAUCCUAUUAGACAUAGCUUUAAAGAAUUUGUGGAGAGAUAUAGGUUUUUGAUAUCGGGAGUACCUCCAGCGCACAAAACUGACUGUAUGGCCGCAACGAAGAGAAUUUGCGCCACCGUCCUAGGUAAAUCAGAUUAUCAGCUAGGUCACACCAAAGUGUUCUUAAAAGAUGCACACGAUCUAUUUCUGGAACAGGAGAGAGAUCGAGUCCUUACUCGAAAGAUACUCAUACUUCAGAGAUCUAUUCGGGGAUGGGUAUACAGGCGAAGAUUCUUAAAGAUGAGAGCAGCCGCAGUACUGAUUCAACGUCACUGGCGAGGGAAGCUGCAGAGGAUCAGAUACAACAAGAUGAAGGUGGGAUACGCGCGGCUACAGGCCCUGAUUCGUGCUCGAGUUCUAGCGCAUAGAUUUCGACAUCUUCGUGGGCAUAUUGUUUCACUACAGGCAGCAGCUCGUGGCUACUUGGUCCGAAGAUCCUACGGCCACAAGAUGUGGGCAAUCGUUAAAAUUCAAAGUCAUGUAAGGCGGUUAAUAGCGAUGCGUCGCUACAGAAGGUUGAAGCAGGAAGCGAAGGCUCACAACGAAGCUCUUCGAUUACGGAGGCAAGAGGAGCAGCGACUACAACAUCAAGGAAACACACGCGCUAAGGAAAUCGCGGAGCAGAACUACAGAGAACGUAUGUACGAACUCGAACGACGCGAAGCAGAACUAGCAUUAGAAGAAAAACGUCAACUAGAAGCCAAAAGGACUUUACUACAGGAGGCGGCUCGAAAACAAGACGAGCCGGUUGAUGAUAGCAAAUUAGUGGAAGCUAUGUUUGAUUUCCUACCGGACUCGAGCAGUGAAGCACCCGCGCCUAAAGAUACGUCUGUGUUUAGUGACCUACCCCAGCUAAGAGCCGAUCAACAAGAGAUGGUGACGCCUAUGCAAACCACAUCAGAGGACGAGGAGGAUUUGUCGGAGUUUAAAUUCCAGAAGUUUGCAGCCACAUACUUCCAAGGAAAUGUCACACAUCAGUAUUCUAAGAAACCUCUCAAACAUCCGCUACUGCCCCUGCAUACACAAGGAGACCAGCUGGCGGCGCAGGCGUUAUGGAUAACGAUACUUCGGUUCACCGGAGAUCUCCCAGAACCGAGAUAUAAUACGAUGGAGAGAGAUAACACGUCUGUUAUGUCCAAGGUGACGGCCACGCUCGGUAGAAAUUUCAUCAGAUCGAAAGAGUUUCAAGAAGCGCAAAUGAUGGGCGUAGACCCUGAUGCUUAUCUGAACAAACAGAAACCAAGGUCGAUUAGACACAAAUUAGUUUCGCUCACGUUAAAGCGAAAGAACAAACUCGGUGAAGAUGUACGACGAAAGCUACAGGACGAAGAAUACACAGCGGACAGUUAUCAAUCUUGGCUAGAAUCGCGACCGACAUCUAAUCUCGAAAAACUGCAUUUCAUCAUUGGCCACGGAAUACUCAGGGCCGAGCUGAGAGACGAAAUUUACUGCCAAAUAUGCAAACAGCUGACGAAUAAUUCUUCAAAAUCGUCACACGCUCGAGGUUGGAUAUUGCUCUCCUUGUGUGUUGGAUGCUUUGCUCCAAGUGAAAAGUUUGUUAAUUACCUCAGAGCCUUCAUCAGAGAAGGCCCGCCCGGUUAUGCACCCUAUUGUGAAGAUCGUCUCAAAAGAACUUUUAACAAUGGAACAAGAAAUCAACCCCCAUCGUGGCUGGAGCUUCAAGCUACGAAAUCUAAGAAACCGAUCAUGCUGCCGAUAACGUUUAUGGACGGAAACACAAAAACACUUCUAGCAGAUUCUGCGACUACUGCGAGAGAACUCUGUAAUCAGCUAUCAGAUAAAAUUGGAUUACGUGAUCAAUUUGGAUUUUCCUUAUACAUUGCGCUCUUUGACAAAGUAAGUUCACUCGGCAGCGGUGGUGACCAUGUAAUGGAUGCUAUAUCACAAUGUGAGCAGUACGCGAAAGAACAAGGCGCACAAGAAAGAAAUGCACCCUGGAGAUUGUUCUUCAGAAAAGAGAUAUUUGCUCCGUGGCAUGAUCCCACAGAGGACCAAGUUGCCACUAAUCUGAUUUAUCAACAAGUAGUUCGAGGAGUCAAAUUCGGAGAAUACAGAUGUGAUAAAGAAGAGGACUUGGCGAUGAUUGCUGCUCAGCAAUAUUACAUAGAAUACGCUCACGAUAUGAAUACUGAACGUUUGUAUACCUUACUCCCGAAUUACAUACCCGACUAUUGCCUGACUGGAGUAGAAAAAGCGGUGGAUAGGUGGGGUUCUCUUGUAGUGCAGGCAUACAAAAAGAGUUACUAUGUAAAAGAAAAAAUUGCGGCUUACAAAGUGAAAGAAGAUGUUGUAAGUUACGCUAAGUUUAAGUGGCCGCUAUUAUUUUCAAGAUUUUAUGAAGCUUAUCGAAAUUCUGGUCCCAAUUUACCUAAGAAUGAUGUCAUAAUAGCAGUAAAUUGGACCGGGGUAUAUGUUGUCGAUGAUCAAGAACAAGUUUUGCUAGAAUUAUCAUUCCCAGAAAUAACAACAGUGUCGAGUCAGAAAACUAAUAAGGUAUUCACGCAAACUUUUAGCUUGUCGACAGUGCGCGGCGAAGAAUUCACAUUCCAGAGUCCAAACGCUGAAGAUAUUAGAGAUCUCGUUGUCUACUUCCUAGAAGGUUUGAAAAAGAGAUCAAAAUUUGUCAUCGCAUUACAAGACUACAAAGCUCCCGGCGAGGGAUCAAGCUUCCUCACAUUCUUAAAGGGAGAUUUAAUUAUACUAGAAGAAGAUAGUACCGGGGAAUCAGUUUUGAAUAACGGCUGGUGUAUCGGCCGAUGUGAACGAUCUAUGGAACGCGGCGAUUUUCCCGCAGAAACUGUUUACGUUCUACCAGCGCUAUCGAAACCUCCUCCUGACAUAUUAGCGUUGUUCUGUCAGGAGGGGGCGCAACACGGACGUCGUGCACCUACUAGCACGUUUAACGGAACAGAAAAUAGGGAUAAGCCGCAUAAUUUAUUGGAGUACGCCUUAGACCACUUCAGGCUACCGCCUAAAAGAACGACAUCGAAGGGGCUCACACUGUCCUCUGCUAAAAGAGGUGGAGCCGAGGAGUUGUGGAGACAUUCUAGGGAUCCCAUCAAACAGCCUUUGCUCAAAAAGUUGCAAGCGAAGGAGGAGCUAGCCGAGGAAGCGUGUUUCGCUUUCACUGCUAUUCUUAAGUAUAUGGGCGAUCUUCCGUCGAAACGUCCCCGGAUAGGAAACGAGUACACCGAUCACAUUUUCGAUGGGCCCUUAAAACAUGAAAUAUUACGGGAUGAGAUAUACUGCCAAAUAAUGAAGCAGCUGACGGAUAAUAGAAACAGAAUGUCGGAGGAAAGAGGCUGGGAACUCAUGUGGCUUGCGACCGGUCUCUUUGCCUGUAGUCAAGGUCUUCUUAGAGAAUUAACCCUAUUCCUUAGAACUAGAAGGUAUCCAAUCGCACAAGACUCGCUACAAAGGUUACAGAAGACUUUAAGGAAUGGGCAAAGAAAAUACCCGCCGCACCAGGUCGAGGUGGAAGCGAUCCAGCACAAAACAACGCAGAUCUUCCACAAAGUGUAUUUCCCCGACGACACGGACGAAGCUUUCGAAGUCGACUCGUCAACUCGGGCGAAAGACUUUUGCCAAAACAUUGCUCAGAGACUGAAUCUCAGAUCUAGUGAAGGUUUUAGUUUAUUCGUUAAGAUAGCUGAUAAAGUGAUUUCGGUGCCGGAGGGUGACUUUUUCUUCGACUUCGUAAGACACUUGACGGAUUGGAUCAAGAAAGCGCGACCGACACGCGAUGGAAUCACUCCGCAGUUUACAUAUCAGGUAUUCUUCAUGAAAAAGCUAUGGACAAACACGGUGCCUGGUAAGGACCGGGCUGCGGACGUGAUAUUCCACUUCCAUCAGGAGCUGCCCAAGCUACUCCGAGGGUACCAUCGUUGCGGCAGGGAAGAGGCCGCCCGCCUCGCAGCACUCGCGUACCGAGCACGCUUCGGAGACAAUAAGCAAGAAUUACAGGCAAUACCACAAAUGCUCCGAGAACUGAUCCCCGCUGAUCUUAUAAAACUGCAAAGUUCGGCGGAUUGGAAGCGGGCAAUCGUCGCCUCCUUCAACCAGGACGCGGGCAUGACGCCCGAGGACGCCAAGAUCACGUUCCUCAAGGUCAUAUACCGAUGGCCGACGUUCGGCUCCGCGUUCUUCGAAGUCAAGCAGACCACGGAGCCCAACUACCCGGAGUUGCUGCUGAUCGCCAUCAACAAACAUGGUGUCAGUCUGAUCCAUCCUCAAUCAAAGGACAUCCUAGUGACGCACCCGUUCACGCGGAUCUCGAACUGGUCGUCCGGCAACACGUACUUCCACAUGACCAUCGGCAACCUCGUCCGCGGCUCCAAGCUGCUGUGCGAGACCUCGCUCGGUUAUAAGAUGGACGACCUGCUCACCUCAUACAUAUCCCUCAUGCUCACCAACAUGAACAAGCAGAGGUCCAUGCGAGUCAAGUAACACAGUAUAAAUAUAACAGUAGAGUAAGUUGACUUGAAAUUAUAUUUGCUCAACACUCCAAGACGUUAUUGAAAUGCGAAUUCAAGUUAUACAAAUUCCGCCAAUGUGUGUGGAUGAAACGGUCUGGUAUGAAGCUCUACUGUAUUUUUAAUAUAUUGUGUGAUGUGUCUGUAAUUAAGAAUUGUGGUUGAAAGUUCAACUGUACAGACAAGUGAUUUUCAGAGAGUAUGCAUUGCGUGAAGUUGUAAAUCUAUAUUUUUGUACAGGAUCAUGUUGAGCAACUAAUUUGAUAGUUCGUUUUGUAGGAGCAUAAAAGCUGAUUUACAUUGAUACAGUAGAUCGAUACCAUCACUGGAUUCAAGCGCUGCAUCAGCAUUGGAAUGAUAAAAUAUGUACUAUCAGAGAAGUUGAUUCCUAGGCAGAUUGUAGACCU